ACAAAUUUAGUGCCGAUCUCAAUCUUUUCACGAGAGCGCGAGCCUCAAUAAAAGGCAGGGGCCAUGCCUGGACCGCGUCACUCGUCAUACGAAACACGCUUGAGAUGAUUCCAGCGCCAGGCUCGUCGCGGUCACAAAUGAUGUGCUGGUAUAACCCAUGAUCGCGGUCGGUAUCGGAUGGUGUGGCUCCACGAACGAAAACGUCGUCGUGGAAGACCAAGAGCCGAGAUACUACGUGCCGCGCUGGCCCUCGUUCACAUAGUUUCGUCCGUCCCGCCUGCAUCUGAUCAGGUCGAUGAUCAUAAUUUGAUACUGCCCAGUCCUCAUUCUACUCAUUCUAGACAUGGUUUGGGCCAACUUUCAAGACGAGCAAUGUUAUUACUCUCGCAACACGUCUAUUUGGCAGUGUACUCUUGGGGAUCGCAUUAGAGACACAUGUGCUCCAAAUCUCUGUUUCAUGGUCAUGGUGACGCCAAGUGUCGUGUCCGCUAGUAACACACUGAGACGCCGACCCUCGGGUCAAUCGUUAGAUCUUUCACCAGUGUUAUCUGUCUCUCCAGCUCACCGAUACCGCGCGAGCAUGGUGUCACAGAAGUGGUCACGGUUCGGCAGUGCUGGUGAAAGCUGGCCGGUAAGAACGCCCCGGCAAUCGAGCUCUGUGACGGGUGGGCGAGAAUCGUCGUGUUACCAGAAAACUGAAUCAAGCAUUUGGAAUACAGGGCAGGGACUGGCAAACAACAGUGGUGCAGGAGACGUCACCCGCCAGUUAUGUAUGGGCCAGUUAUAUGUGGACCAGUUGAUGGAGUAUCAGCAUGUAUGGUCCGGAAGAAGUCUCCACCGAAAGCGUCACGCGACAAUUUUCCUUUUCUCAUCUCGAAAAUUCUCAUGUUUCGAUCGUCUCCGCAAAUUGGAUUUGUCUCUACUUACCUAGGUAGGUAUGUAUGAUGUUGAUGAUGUUGAUGUUGAUGAUGAUGAUGAUGAUGAUGAUGAUGAUGAUGAUGAUGAUGAUGAUGAUGAUGAUGAUGAUGAUGAUGANNNUGAUGAUGAUGAUGAUGAUGAUGAUGAUGAUGAUGAUGAUGAUGAUGAUGAUGAUGAUGAUGAUGAUGCUUGAACCAA